UUUUUUUUUUUUUUUUUUUAUAAAUUUUAGGCACAAUAUUCAGAUGAAUAAUAAUACAGGUGUAUGUACUUUAGAAUUUAAACCAAAUUAUUCGGAUUUAGGGAAAUGGAUGUGUAAAUUCACUGUUCCCCAUACAGAUGAAGAAAUAGGCAAUGCAUCACUUGUUCUGUUAAAUAGUACUGGAGAUGAAAAAUUGGGAUGGAUAGUUGGUGCCCUGACAACAUUAACAUUAUUUCUGAUGAUUAUUAUAGUUGUUUUAGUAGUUUGUAAGACACGUUUAUUUGUCAGAAAGUCAUCACGAGUUUUAGAAACUAUAUCAACAUCGGAAAAAAAACAAACUUUGCAAUUAAACAAUGGACAUUAUAUCGAAAAUCGAACAAAAUUAGAUAUACAAGUUUCUGAGCAACAUGAUCAAAAUAUGACAAAUAUAGAGAAUAUUCUUCCUAAUAGAAGUCCAAAUUUAUACGAACGCGUUGGAAAAUAUAGAAGAUCAUCAAAGUAUGAAAAUAUUCGAAUAUGAAAGAAAUAUUAAUCAUAAAAUUUUACCUUGUAUUUCGAAUAAACAUUUAUAAGAAAUUU